AUGGAGAACCAAACAGAUGUGAGAGAGUUCAUCUUGAUGGGACUGACCAAUCUUUGGAAGCUUCAGCACACACUAUUUGCUAUCUUUCUCUUGAUGUAUCUGGCCAGCAUUGUGGGAAAUGCAGCUAUUGUGGUUGUCGCAAUAGCUGAGCCAAAACUUCACACUCCUAUGUACUUUUUUCUUGGAAACCUUUCCUGCCUUGACAUCUUAUUUUCCACAGUCACUGUUCCUAAGAUGCUAGCUGGUUUUCUGUUGCCAGUCCAAACCAUUUCCUUUGCUGGCUGCAUGGCCCAGCUCCACUUUUUCCAUUUCUUGGGCAGCAGCGAAGUCAUUCUUCUCGGAAUAAUGGCAUUUGACCGAUAUGUUGCAAUAUGCAACCCUUUGCGUUACUCCAUCAUCAUGCGCAAGCACGUCUGCCAACUCUUGGCAGCAGCCACAUGGUCCACUGGCUUUUUUCAUGCCCUGAUGCAUACAAUGGCAACUGCCCGUUUGCCCUUCUGUGGGCCCAAUCACAUUGAGCAUUUUUUGUGUGACAUCAAACCUUUGCUGAAACUGGCCUGCGGCAGCACACACCUCAACCUCAUGCUCCUCAAUACUGUAACCAGCUGCAUUGCAAUGGGUCCUUUUAUAGCAACACUCCUCUCCUACUUCUACAUUAUCACUUUUCUUCUCUUCAAAGUGCAAUCCAGAAGUAGUAAACAGAAAGCCUUCUCCACCUGUGGAUCCCAUCUGAUGGUGGUUGGUUUGCUCUAUGUGCCUGUUUUGUUUAACUACAUGCUCCCCUCUGUGGGUAAUGCUUCUCAAAGGGACAUGAUGGUGACCCUAAUAUACAGUGCAGUCACACCAGUUUUGAACCCACUUAUUUAUACUCUGAGGAACCAGGAAGUCAAAGCUGCCUUGGUGAAGAUUUUGGGAAGAUUUUCACUUUCCACUGAAUGGAAAUGA